CCCCGCCGCGCCUGGCCGAGGCUGAGCCGCGGCGGCCGCUGCGGGGCUGAGAGAAGAUGGCGGCGCCGGGCGAGUACUUCAGCGUGGGCAGCCAGGUGUCGUGCCGCACCUGCCAGGAGCAGCGCCUGCAAGGCGAGGUCGUCGCCUUCGACUACCCCAGCAAGAUGCUGGCGCUCAAAUGCCCCUCUUCCAGUGGAAAGCCUAAUCACGCAGAUAUCCUGCUUGUAAACUUACAGUAUGUUUCAGAAGUGGAAAUAAUCAACGACCGCACAGGAACGCCUCCUCCUUUAGCUUCACUCAAUGUUAGCAAGCUUGCCAACAAAGCGCGGACGGAGAAGGAAGAGAAGAUGAGCCAGGCGUAUGCAAUUAGUGCUGGUGUCUCUCUGGAGGGGCAGCAGCUCUUCCAGACUAUACAUAAGACCAUUAAGGACUGUAAAUGGCAGGAGAAGAACAUAGUUGUGAUGGAAGAAGUCGUUAUCGCCCCUCCCUAUCAAGUGGAAAACUGUAAAGGCAAAGAGGGAAGCGCGCUGAGUCACGUACGCAAAAUAGUGGAGAAACAUUUUCGAGACGUGGAAAGCCAAAAGGUAAUGCAGCGUUCACAAGCACAGCAGACACAGAAGGAGACCUCCCUCUCGUCCUGAGGCCCACCUCCCGGCGCCGGGGACUCCCCCGCCGCCCCGCCACCGAGCCACCACCGGAGGCGGGAGGGCGGCGGCGGGGGGUUCAACUUUUAUUUCCUUUUUCGAGCUCAUUAAUGGGGAGCUCAACCGAUUCCAAACCUUAGACUUUAAAACAAACGAGAAAAGAGAAUAAUUUAAAAGCUCAUGCAUUACUUGACUAACAGACUUUCUUUUGUCCGCCAUGUUUUCUUUCCUACCAGCCAGUCAGACUUUGUUAGUUUUAUUUUUUGACCUUUCUUUUCCUUUUUCCUCCCC